UGCUCCCCGCCCCGCCCCGUCAUUGUCCCCUUCUUUCUUCUUUUCUUUUCCGGUCUGAGGGCCGCUCCCUUCUCCCGUACCACACGUCUGUCCACCCUUCGGUGGGUCCGAUGAGCAGGAUGGAGGGCUGCAUGGGAGAGGAAUCCUUUCAGUUGUGGGAGCUCAAUCGACGCCUGGAGGCCUACCUGGCAAGGGUCAAGGCGCUCGAGGAGCAGAAUGAGUUGCUCAGCGCGGAGCUCGGGGGUCUCCGGGCACAGGCCAGUGAGUCCUGGCGAGCCCGCGCCGACGACGAGCUGGCGGCCCUGCGUGCCCUAGUCGACCAGCGCUGGCGAGAGAAGUACGCGGCCGAAGUGGCGCGCGACAAUCUGGCCGAAGAGCUGGAGGGCGUGGCGGGCCGGUGCCAGCAGCUGCGGCUGGCCCGGGAACGCACGGCCGAGGAGGUAGCUCGCAGCCGGCAAACCGUCGAGGCGGAGAAGUGCGCGCGGGGCUGGCUGAGCUCGCAGGUGGCCGAGCUGGAGCGCGAGCUGGAGGCUCUGCGAGCCGCGCACGAGGAGGAGCGCGCCAACUUGAACGCGCGGGCCACCUGCGUCCCCCGGGGCCCCGCGCCGCCCCGUGUGCCCCCAGCACCGGCGCCCGAGGUGGAGGAGCUGGCCCAGCGGCUGGGCGAGGCGUGGCGCGGAGCUGUGCGCGGCUACCAAGAGCGCGUGGCGCACAUGGAGACGUCGCUGGGCCAGGCCCGCGAGAGGUUAGGCCGUGCAGUGCAGGGCGUCCGCGACAGCCGCCUGGAGCUGCAGCAGCUGCAGGCCGAGCGCGGUGGCCUCCAGGAGCGCAGGGCGGCAUUGGAACAGAGGUUGGAGGGCCGCUGGCAGGAGCGCCUGCGCGCCACUGAAAACUUCCAGCUUGCCGUGGAGGCCUUGGAGCAGGAGAAGCAGGGCCUGCAAAGCCAGAUCGCCCAGAUCCUGGAAGGUCGGCAGCAGCUGGCCCAUCUCAAGAUGUCCCUCAGCCUGGAGGUGGCCACCUACAGGACCCUCCUAGAGGCUGAGAACUCCCGGCUACAGACAUCUGGCUGCAAUUCCAAGGUUCCCCUCAGCUUCCAUGACCCCAAGCUGGAGCUGCAUUUCCUUGGGACACCAGACAGCCGACGUGUGGGACCUGUGCUUCCUGUUCUGAGCCCAGCACCCCUCCCCUCCCCUCUGCCUGAUUCCCUUGAAACCCCUGUACCUGCCUUUCUGAAGAGCCAGGAAUUUCUUCAGCCCCGAGCACCCACCUUGGCUAGCACUCCCAUCCCACCUGUUCUGCAGCCCCCUUGUGCUGCAUCCAAGACAGAGCUUAGAGCCCCAGAGGGCCCUGUCUCUACGCUCCCACCACAGGAUGGGAGGCAACAGGCUGCCCAGCCCCUGUGGGCUGAAGCCAAGACGUCCAGCCCUGGAAACAUCCUGCCAGGGCCAGAGGAACCUGGAGGUGAACAGCCAGAACCCAGUUCCAGCCAGGUUCCUGAGAAUCAAACCCUACCACUCAGCCCUGAGCAGCCAAGUUCAGAUGCUAAAGACAGAGAGCCCAGUGGGUCUAGGGUGGACAGCAUAUUCCAGGAGGAAGAAGAGGGGCACCUUGCUGGACUGGUUGAGGAGGAAACUGCCAUGGAGGUCAAGGUGGCAAGCAAAUUACAGCAGGAAACAGAACAAGAUGGUGCCCUGGCCAUGGAGGAAAUUGAGGACUCCCAGAGUCCCCUGGAUAAAGCCAGCCCAAAAGCUCUGGGAGAGGAGAUUCUGAAGCCAUGGGUACCUCUAGCAAGCCAGAGCCAGCAGGUACUGGAGCAGGAGAAUCAGGAACCUCUGAGAUCUCUGGAAGAAGGCAGCUUAGACACCUUAGACAGUCCCAAAGCAGAGAGCUCAGAGCCCCUGGAACACAGAGGAGAAAAGGACCCAGAGGCAGAGGGUCUGAUGGGAGAGGAGCGUCCUGCACUGCUUCAGGCUGCAUGGAAGGAGGACCCGCAGACCCUGCCAUCCCCGGCAAUGGAGGACCAAGGAUUGAUAGUGUCUCUAGACAGUAACCUGGAGACCCUUAAAUUUCCAGGAAAGGAAAAUGGGGAAUUGGUGCCAUCUCCCAAAGAGGAGGAAGUGGAGGUGCCGAGAACCGCAAAAGAUGGGACUUGGGAGCCACUAAGACCUGAAGAAGCACAAGACCAGCAGGCACGGAUGGCUCCAAGGGAGGAGACUGGGGAAUCCCUGGGGUCUUCUGAAGAUGAAAACCCAGAGGUGCUUAGACCCCUGGGAAGAGAACCCCAUGAACCCCUGAGGUUGGGGGAGGAAGAGGAGCAGGGGGCCCUGGGAGCUCUAGAGAAACAGAACUCAGAUGCAGAAGAAGAGGGCCAAAAGAUUGUAACAGCACUAGAAAGAGAGCUCCAGGAGCCCCUGAGGCUGGGAGAGGAAGAGGACCAGGCAGUCCUGGAGGCUCCAGGAGAGAAUAAAGAGGUACUGAGGCUGGGAGACGAGGAGAAGCAGGUGGCCCUGGGAGGUCUAGAAAAUGAAACUUUGCAGUCAUGGAGGGCUCUAGCGGAGACCCUGACGCCUGUGGAAAAGGUGGGUCCAGAACCUCUGCCGUGCCCUAGUGCAGAUCAGGAGGAGGUUAGACCUGAAGAAGAGAUUACAGAGUUCUCAGAGUCACAGGAAGAUGAGUUUGCCAAGGCCAGGGAGUCUUCAGAACCAGAGGACCUGGAGCCACCGAAGUUGGCUGAAGAGGGCCUGCAAGUACAGAAAUCUCCAGAGGUGCCACUGUGGUCCCUGGAAGCCAUACCGCUUGCACUAGAACCCUUGGGGCCAGUGGAAGGGCACCCAGAGGCGCUGCAAACCCUGAAAGACAGGGACCAAGAAACACUGAGAUCUCCGGGGGAGGGCUGCCCGGAGGAGGAAGAGGAGGAUGAGGAAAGUCAGAGAGAUGUGGCAGGGGUGGAAGAAGAGGAGAAAGCUGAGAAGCAGGUGGAGACUCCGCUGAGGCAGCUGGCAGAGGAAUGGCAAAAGCCAUCACCGUCGGCAGAUGAGCAGAAGUGGGGUAAUGUCUUAGAGGAGGGCCAAGACCCUAGUCAUGAGUGCCCUGGGGAACCUGCAGGGGUAAGUGGGGAGGAGGAGGCUGAGCUGGAUCCCAGACAGCCUGAGGGCUCUGCUGGGCAGGAGGAGGCUGUGAUGUCAGCAGAGCUGCAGCUACAUGCUGCAGAGCUGGUUGCAGAGCAGCCUGGGAGCCCUGAGCCCAGGGAGCAAAGUGUCCUAGCUAGGACAGCUUGUGGGAUGGGAGGCACUGAGGGUCUGCAGGAUCCUGAGGGGCAAGUAGAGCAUCUGGGAGCCCCAGGCCUUAGAGCACCCCAGGCAAUUGCAGAAGCCACAGAAUCCCUGUGGGAAGAUGACCAGCUCUCCCCAGAGGUCACCUUGGAGUCAGAGAUAGCCACUGGGGAAUCUGCUGAGGGAACUGAGCAGGCGGACAUAGGCCUGGACAGCCUGGACCAUCUGGCCAGAGAGGAGGUAAUGCAGCCAUCCUCAGGGGAGGAAAGUUUGGAGGCCAGGAGGGUUCCAGGCUUGGAAGCCCCAGCUCAGCACCUGCAGGAAGCUGAUGCUCUGCAAGCCAAGCCCUCUCCACUGGGGGCCAGCAGAGAACCUCCGAAAUCCCCUGAGGAGGGCCUGAAGGCCUCAGAGCCCCCAAUGCUCUGGACAGCAGAGGAGGUCCCUGCUAACACCUUGGACCAGAAUGCUCCUGAAUCCAGGCCCCUGGAGUCGGAGGCAGCUGAGGAGAACACCCCUAGCCCUGGGCCCAUAGAGUCUUAUGUGCCCUCCUCCAUCCCUGAAGGUGCCUAUGAGACCCCGCCCCAGGCUGAGGGGAACCAGAUGGUCAGCUGGGGACUGGGGGACAAGGUGCAGGGUGAGCAGGAGGAUCUAGAUUCUGGGGGGAUCUCUGAGAGCCUGCAGGAGGAAGGUGAAGAGAGUAGAGAAGGAAGUGAGGCUGAUGAGCUUGGGGAGACCUUGCCUGACUCCACCCCACUAGGCCUCUACCUGGGGUCACCUAGCUCCCCCAGGUGGGGCCUAGCUGGAGAGCAGAGGCCUUCCCCUCAAGGUGAGGCACGGGAGGAAGGCUGGGAUACUGCUGCUCCAGCUUCGGAGGGCCUUGAGGCCCAGCCCUCUGGGAAAGAGGAGGAAGAGGAGGAAGAGGAUGGGGAGGAGGAGCAUGACCGAGGCUCUGACUUGUCAGAGGAAUUCGAAGAUCUGGGGACCCAGGUGUCUCUUCUUCCUGGGCUUCCCAGGGAAGCAGCAGCACCUCCUGGCCAGGUGCCCCAGCUGCUGGAGGCUGCCAUCUGGAACCCUGAUGGGGAGUCUGAUGGGUUUGCAGAUGAGGAAGAGAGUGGGGAGGAGGGAGAGGAAGAAGAGAAGGAGGAGGGGAGGAAGCCAGGGGCUGGGCAGUGGGAGCCAGGGUCCCCUCCGGGCAGCCUUCAGGCCCUGCAUAGCCCUCCAAGAGGGGACUUCCUGGAGUCUGAGUCUGAGACAGUGGGUGUGAGCAUCCCCCAAGAUGAUGAUGGUUUGAGGGGCGCCAAGGCCAAGGCUCCCAAGUCUCAGGACAGUGCUGAGCCUUCUGGCUCUGAGGAGGAGUCUGACUCUGCUCCGUGGGCUGGGGAGGACCAAGUCCCCAUGGAGACAUCCCGGAGGGAUGGCGACACAAGUCCAGGCACUGGGGACACCCUUGCUAUCAAUGGCCAGGGUCCCAACAUGAUGUCAGAGCAGGUGAAUGGAGGCGUGGUCAAUGGGUUGCAGCGGCCUGCAGGAGUGGGUCAGGCCCCUGCUGGGGACCGGGGCAGCCCCGUAGCAGAGGAGGAGGAAGAGGGGGCCACCCUGAAGACACCCUGGGCAGGGGUCCCUUUCCAGGUGGGCCCAAGCCCUUUCCUGAAGUUUACACAGAGGGAAGGGGAGGAGGACUCCUGGUCCUCAGGGGAGGACUAGAGAAGGUGCCUUAGUUCCAGCCCUAAGAUGUCUCG